AUGUGCUCUCUCAGUGCAGCCAAUGCCAAGUUCUGUCUGUACUUUUUCAGAGAGCUGAGCAAAAGAAAAAGAAAUGAAAACAUCUUCUUCUCCCCACUAAGUCUCUCAGCUGCCUUUGGGAUGGUUGUCCUCGGAGCCAGGGGCAACACACUCGAACAGAUUGAGAAGCAAUACUUGGAUUCCACAAAGAAAUUCUAUCGAUCAGAACUGGAACCAGUCAAUUUUAAAUACACUGAAGAAGAAGUCACAGAUAAAAUUAACAUUUGGGUGGAAAAUGAGACAAAAGGUAAAAUCAAAGACCUAUUUUCUGCUGGGUUUAUCGAUCCCUCUACUGUACUUGUCCUGGUCAGUGCUAUAUAUUUUAAAGGAAAGUGGGCAGUAGAAUUUAAGAAAGAAGACACUAAGGAAACAUAUUUCUAUCUGAACAAGAAUGAGAGAAGGACAGUGCAGAUGAUGUUUCAAGAAGGUUAUUUUAACAUGGCCAUCAUAGAGGAACUCAAAAUGAAAGUGAUAGAGCUCCUAUAUUUUGAUAACGAAAUGAGCAUGUUCAUUCUUCUUCCUGAAGUUGUCUGUGAGGAUUUUACUGGCCUGGAACAGCUUGAACACACCCUGACGUAUGAAAAGCUAGCAGAAUGGACCAACUCGGAUAGGAUGGAACAGCUGAAAGUGAAGGUGUACCUGCCUCAGUUCAAGAUGGAGGAAAGUUAUGUUCUCAACAAAAUUCUCCAGGAGAUGGGAGCAAUAAAUGUUUUUGACUGGGGAAAAGCUGAUUUGUCAGGAAUCUCUAAGAAAGAUGGUUUGGUUGUGUCCAAAGUCAUCCAGAAAUCAUUUGUGGAAGUCAACGAAGAGGGCACUGAAGCAGCUGGUGCCAUGGGGCUUGUUGCAGUGCCUCUGUGUCGCCCAAUUUCUUAUGAGUUCAAAGCUGACCAUCCAUUCCUCUUCUUCAUCAGACACAACUCAACCAACACCAUUCUCUUCUUUGGAAGGUAUUCCUCUCCUUAA